AAAAACAAAUACUGAAAUAAAAUAGCAAUAUAAUAAAAUAAAAAAGGAAACAAACAAGAAAAGUUAGAGCAAGAGAAGGCCGCAUUCCUUCCUUACAAGACAUCCAAAGAACAACAAUCCACCACCACCACCGAUCCAAAGCAGCAGCAAGCAAAGCCGUACAAUUCAAGACCUUUUUCAAUCUUGCUUUUUUAUUUGUUUUUGUAUAGUCUUGAGUACAAGAAAAGCUCUAUUUUAUUCUCAAAGAAUAAUAAAGAGCAAAGCAAUCUUUGCCAUGCCUGAUAUUAUGGAUGGUUCCUCGGCGAUAACAGCUAAACCCCCACAACAAAUAUCUGAAAUGUUUCAGAAAUUUGCUCUUGCUUUCAAGAACAAAACCUUUGAAUUCUUUGCCGAUGAAGCAGAUCAUGAUCCUUCUGAUUCUGAAGGUUUUACUCUCCUCGACUCCACUGAAGACUUUAUCACCGACCAGAAAGUCGUGGUGAUCAAGCCUGACCGGCCUCACAACUUAGGGGAACCUUCACCACCCAAAUCGCCAAAUUUGGGUGGUGGUAAAGUCGCAGAGACCCAGAUGGUGAAAUCUGAACAAACGCAGAAAAAGAAGUCUUUUAUGAAUAUCCAGAUGACUCAUACUUUGAUUUCUUCUGUUUUUGCUACCGUUUCGUCCUUUGAAGCGUCGUAUCUUCAGUUGCAGACGGCACAUGUACCGUUUGUUGAGGAAAAUAUAAAGGUGGCUGAUAGGGCUCUGGUUUCGCAUCUUCAGAGACUAUCUGAUUUCAAGAAAUUCUUUCGGGAUUUUUGUAGAAGUCCUGAUUUUGUGGAUUCUGGGGAGGAUUUGGCUAUUGGGUCUCGCUUAGAACAUCAAGUGGAAGAGAAUCAGAGCAAGUUGAGGACUCUGGGAACUGUUUCCGAUCGGUUACAAGAAGAGAUUGAUCUAAAAGAUAACCAAGUUGCCGCUUUGAGGAAGCAAUUGGGUGAGAUUCGUAAUUCUAAUGCAAAAAUUUCGAAAAAAUUAUCCAAUAAUUUAAAUUCAUCAUUUGAUGUUCUUUUGACUGUUAGGGUUUUCGAUUCUGUGUUGCAUGAUGCUUGUAGAACAACUCAUAAGUUUACUAAGAUUUUGAUUGAUUUGAUGAGAAAAGCUGGGUGGGAUUUGGAUUUGGCGGCCAAUUAUGUUUAUUAUGAUAUUGAUUAUGUCAAGAAAGGGCAUAAUCGUUAUGCUUUUCUGUCAUAUAUUUGUCUUGGGAUGUUUAGAGGUUUUGAUUCAGAAGGAUUCGGUUUUAGUGAGAAUGAAAUAAUGUGUAACGGACACAAAUCCGAAUCUGGCAAAAGUACUACCUCGAUGAAGCAAUUACUUGAGCAUGUAUCUUGCAAUCCUUUGGAGAUGAUCAGUAGGGAUCAUAAAUGUGAAUUCUCAAAGUUUUGUGAAAGGAAGUACCAAGAGCUCAUUCACCCUACAAUGGAGUCAUCGAUUUUCAGCAAUUUGGAUCAAAAUGAAGUGGUUUUGAGUUCGUGGAGAUCGCUGAGUGAGUUCUAUGAGUCAUUUGUUAGCAUGGCUAGUUCAAUAUGGAUGCUUCAUAAGUUGGCCUUCUCAUUUGAUCCUGUUGUUGAGAUUUUUCAAGUUGAAAGAGGGGUUGAUUUUUCCAUGGUUUACAUGGAAGAUAUUACAAAGAGGAGUAGCUUGACGGGUAAAGCCAGAGCAAAGGUGGGGUUCACAGUGGUUCCAGGUUUUAAGGUUGGGAGGACAGUGAUUCAGUCACAGGUUUAUUUAUGUGGCUUGAAGUGUACAGAGUAGUUGUUCAUGAUUUCUCCCAGUGGAGAAUCAAGAAUUAGAUGUUCAUCCUUGUCAAAAUCAGGAAACAGGCAAAAGGUUGGUUCCAGGUUUCGGUUUUGGUUUGAAUCUCUGCACUAUGAUCUGUUUAGGCAGGGAUUCCUGGAAAACCAUAGUGACACCUGAAUCCUAAGGAUUCAGUCAGGAGUGUAAAGAAUACCUUUUAUUUCUGAGCUCACGAAGGAGUUUAUCAUAUAAAUCAUCAAGGAAUGCUAUCUCCUUGCCACACUUGGCACAGAAACUGGCUAUAUUAUGAAAGAUGUUUUGGCUACAUUCUGAUACCAAGCUAUUUCCCAUCUGGGUUGUGACUUUUCUUUUCUUAGGUUUCCGAUGUUUGAGUCCCUUUGUAGAAAUGUUUGUAAAGCAUUUUUAUUUCUUUACUUUUAUUGUUGUUGGUUUGUGAGUUCUUCUAACACCAGAAAUACAGUACCAAUGUAUCCAUAUUAGGUAAUCUGAUAUAUAAAAGUCUGACUUUAAAUAAAA